AUGUUCGGCCUCAGUAGAAGAUCAGCGCUCGCUCGCUCAAAAUCCUUGGCUGCGCUGCCCGCGCGAGCUGCAGUCGCAGCUCAGCCAUCCUGCAUCAACACCCAGGAUUUUCACUCCACGCCGUCGCAGGCAGCGGCCCGGCCAACAUGGAUGCCCAUGCGCGUCAAGACUCCGUGGAUCGACGCGUUGACACAAAUGCGCGAGGCUCAGAAGCCUGGCCCGCAUGAGGAUGAGAGCAUUAAGCGUGAUGUCACGCCGAAGAAGAUGUCGGAUAGCUAUUACAGUGCUAUUCUGCCUUUGGCGCAAGACAAAUGGCUUUUGGAUUCUUAUCUCAAUUCCUCUGGGCAUAUUCGAUUGGGCUCGCUUCUGAUGGACCUCGAUGCCCUAGCUGGCAUCGUUGCUUACCGUCACACAGGUGACGGUGUAUCCACUGUCACUGCGGCGUGUGACCGGAUCACCAUUGAGAAUCCGCUGAUGGAAAUUUGUGACCUUGAGCUCAGCGGCCAAUGUACCUAUGCGACAGGUCGCUCCAGUCUGGAAAUCUCCCUUCAGGUCAAUAAGGCCCGCCCGGAAGGACAGCCGGCGAAACCUGAAGAUGUCUUGAUCACUUGUGCUUUCACGAUGGUCUCUCUGGAUCCUGCUACCAAGAAGCCUGUCUCAAUAGCUCCUCUCAUCAUUGAAACUGAAGAGGAAAAACGCCUCUUCCAAAAGGGCGAGGCGAAUUACCAGGCCAAGAAGGCCCGUCGCACACGCAGCCUCUUGGAGAAAGCACCUGACGAGGAAGAGAGUAACCUGAUCCACUCAAUGUGGACAAAGGAGAUGUCCUACUUAAACCCCCAAAGCACAGUUACCCGCCCCGCAAACCAGGUAUUCAUGGGCGAGACCGUCCUCAAAUCCGCCAUGAUCAUGCAACCCCAAUAUCGCAACCGCCACAACUUCAUGAUCUUCGGCGGCUUCCUACUAAAACAGACCUUCGAGCUGGCCUUCUGCUGCGCCGCGUCCUUCGCACACGCGCGACCAAACUUCGUCGCCCUCGACCCCAGCACCUUCGAGAACCCCGUUCCCGUAGGCAGCGUGCUGUACCUACGCGCCACGGUUGCGUACACGGAGCCCGAGGAGCGCGAGGGUGAUAGCACCAAGUACACCAAGGUGCAGGUGCGCGUUGACUCCAAGGUGCGGGAUGUCGAGCACGGCACGAAGAAGUCCACGGGCAUGUUUAACUAUACUUUCCUUGUGGAGAAGGAUGUGCAUGUUAUGCCGAAGGGGUAUGGCGAGUUUAUGGUUUGGACUGAUGCCCGGCGUCGGGCGCAGAUGGCUGCUGCUAUUGAUCCUCAGCAUAAGUUGAGUGCGCUGCGGAGUAUUAAGGACAGUGUUACUGAGUAG